AUGUACCAAGAUGUGAAGUGGUAUUACUGGUGGCCCAAUAUGAAAAGGGAGAUAGCUGGCUAUGUCAGUAGAUGUUUAGUCUAUCAGCAGGUGAAGACCCCGAGGCAGAAGAUAGCAGACUUGCUACAACCUUUGGAUGCGCCAGAGUGGAAAUGGGAGAGCGUGGCCAUGGAUUUCAUCACGGGUUUUCCCAGGACAGCGAAGGGUUUCUCAGUGAUUUGGGUUGUGAUACACAGACUCACCAAGGUGGCACAUUUUAUUCCAGGAAAGCCCACGUACGCGGGGGUUGGGACUCCCACUUACAUUUGGCAGAAUUUGCUUAUAAUAAUAGCUAUCAGGCUACCAUUGGUAUGUCACCGUUUGAAGCUCAUUAUGGCUGAGGUUGCAGGUCUUCUAUUUGCUGAGAAGAUCAGGGCUAGAAUUCUAGCAGCACAAAGUAGACAGAUAAGUUACGCGGAUGUUAGCCUUAAAGAUGUGGAGUUUGAAGCAGGUGAGAAAGUGUUCCUGAAAGUGGUGCCGAUAAAGGGUUUCCUGAGAUUCGGGAAGAAGGGUAAGCUAAGCCCACGUUUUAUAAGGCCAUUUGAGAUCUUGGAGCGGGUCGGCUCUGUGGCUUACCGUUUGGCCUUGCCACCAUCUCUCUCCGUGGUCCAUAAUAUAUUUCAUGUCUCCAUGCUGAGGAAGUAUUUAAUAGACCCGUCUCAUGUGGUGGACUUUGAGUCCUUGCAGCUGAAUGAAAACUUGAGUUACGAGGAGAAACCUGCGUAA